AGCACCAGCACCUCCACCAGCACCUCCACCAUCACCGUAUCACCAUCACCUACUCAAAACAACCCGACGUCUACGACUCCAACUUCCACAUAUGCAAGCCAGACGACAUCGACCAUCACCUCGUCUUUUGUGACGGUUGUAGGUGGAUCUACCAUGACAUCUUUCAGUUUAAUCCCUACGGUCGUCAGUGAAUCCUCGACCACCACUACAGGUGCAACUGAUCGCACUGCGGUUAUCGCUGGCUCCGUGAUUGGUGGAGGCCUGUUCCUAAUCAUUGGUCUUUCUGUAUUUUUCUACCGCCAACGUCAGCGCUUCAAACACUUCCACUUCCUCGAUGCUAUCAAUGUGCGCAGGCGACAAGCCCGUGCCAGAGCAACAAUGCUUGCGAGCGAGGACCUUGAGGACGUUGAUGUCGUACGUCCGCCUCCAGGAAGAUACUCUGAUCAUGAUGCCCCCUGGGAUUCGCAUGAUAGCUCUGGGUCUAAUCAUACCGAACGUCGCACACUCAUGAGUCACAUAGAACACAGUGGGGACAUUGACUUGAGCCACAUCAUCGACGACGUCAUGGGCCCUUCAGCGUUAGGCGUGCACUACUCACAAAAUUCCCUAUCAUCUUCCUAUCGCGACUUGUCAGGGGAUGAGUCUGCGCCUCAAACUAGAGAGAGAACAUCGCAAAUUGCGUUACUGGAAGCCGCAGGGCUGAGUACCACGGGAGGCCCCAGCAUGCAACCUAUGCAACCUAGCCCACUUGGGAACAAUGAUCCUGGUCCUGUUGUUACAGGUGGCGGUAAUGCCCUGUGACAAUGAUGCCUAUCUAUAUCUGUUUUAUUUUUCACUUGUUGUACAGCAUUAACGCGCUGUGAUCAAGGUGGAUAUGCCGAACCCCUUGCAUCUGUACCGAGUUGAUCGGUCAAUUCUACUUGGCCUGGUCUAAGGAUCAGAUGACUGUGUUCUUUAUAUGUGUUGAUCUUUACUCAUACAUAAUUUUUGUUGUUUCACUCUGUCGCAUAUGUAUACAUUACUUACUGUCGUGGUCGUUCACUUUUGAUCGAACAUUACUGGACAUAGAUGAGUCGUUAUAAUCAUGUCACGGACUUUUCGCGGACUGCACUCCUAGCAAUACUAUUGACGAUGGAUGAUGCUAAUCAUGCAUUUCUCCCAUAAACCAAUUGUUGAAUCCAAGUUUUGAGUUACCGAAU